AUGCGGCGACCACCGUCACCGCCCAACAUUCCGGCGAAGCCCGCCGACGAACGAGCAAACUCGGCUCUCUCGUUCUCGCCUCUCACACUCUCAACACAAGUCUCGGACUCUCGACCUUUCACAUAUCUCGCACUCUCAAAACCUCACUCUUCUUCUCCUCGUUCUUCACUCUCCACUCCAGGUGACGAGCAAGUCCUCCAAGCUUCGGGCUCUAGGCUCCAAUCCUCUUCUAAUCUUCCUUCGUCAAGCUUCGUGUCUUUCAAGUCCGGUUAUCAAGCUGUGUUUUGGUUUCAGCUAGGUUUUAUCUCUUCUUUGAAUUCAAAAUCUAUGUUUGAGGCAUGUGAUGGAUAUUUGACUAUUGAGCUUCCAAGUUUCAAAGCAAAACCUAAACUCUGCAGAUUUGGGGAGGAUCUUAUAGAAUUCUACCCAAUUUUGCUACUAUCUAAGUGUCUACCGUCUUCACUCUUCGAUAUGGACGAGUUGGACACACCUUUUGUUAAGGCGAGGCGGUAG